GGCCACCGUCAGCACAGCCCCGCCCCGUACAGCCAGGCGAAGCGGAGCCGGCCGUGCUGUGUGUGAGUGUAUGUGUUCGCCGGGCCCCGUCUCAGCCCCGGGAAGAUGGUGGCUGCGGCGGCGGCGACUGAGGCGAGGCUGAGGAGGACGGCGAAGACUGCAGCACCCGCGGGCAGGAAGGGCGGGCAGCACCGAGACUGGGACGUGACUGGGACUGGGAGGCCGGGGCUAGGGGCCGGGCUGCGUCCCCCGCGGCGGCUGUCGCCGUCGCUGCCACCUUGGCGGCUUCUGCUGCUGCUCCCGCCGCUGCUCCUGCUGCUGCCCUGGGAGGCCGAGGCCGCUGCUGCGGCGGCGGCGGUGUCGAGCUCAGCCGCAGCUGAGGCGAAGGAAUGUGACCGGCCUUGUGUCAACGGCGGUCGCUGCAACCCUGGUACCGGCCUGUGCGUCUGCCCCACCGGCUGGGUGGGCGAGCAAUGCCAGCACUGCGGGGGCCGCUUCAGACUAACUGGAUCUUCUGGGUUUGUAACAGAUGGACCUGGAAAUUAUAAAUAUAAAACGAAGUGCACAUGGCUCAUUGAAGGACAACCAAAUAGAAUAAUGAGACUUCGUUUUAAUCAUUUUGCUACGGAGUGUAGUUGGGACCAUUUAUAUGUUUAUGAUGGAGACUCAAUUUAUGCACCACUAAUUGCUGCCUUUAGUGGCCUCAUUGUUCCCGAGAGAGAUAGCAACGAGACUGUACCUGAGGUUGUUGUCACAUCAGGUUAUGCCCUGCUGCAUUUUUUUAGUGAUGCUGCUUAUAAUUUGACUGGAUUUAAUAUCACUUACAAUUUUGACAUGUGUCCAAACAAUUGCUCAGCCCGAGGAGUGUGUAAGAUCAGUAACAGCAGCAACACUGUUGAAUGUGAGUGUUAUGAAAACUGGAAAGGUGAAUCGUGUGACAUUCCUUACUGUACAGACAACUGUGGCUUUCCUCACCGAGGCAUCUGCAAUUCAAGUGAUGUCAGAGGAUGCUCCUGCUUCUCUGAGUGGCAGGGUCCUGGAUGUUCAGUUCCUGUGCCAGCUAACCAGUCAUUUUGGAUGCGAGAGGAAUGUUCUAAUUUAAAGCUCCCCAGAGCUUCUCAUAAAGCUGUGGUCAUUGGAAAUAUAAUGUGGAUUGUCGGAGGAUAUAUGUUCAAUCACUCAGAUUACAACAUGGUUCUAGCGUAUGACCUUGUUUCUAAAGAAUGGCUUCCGCUGAACCGUUCUGUGAACAAUGUGGUUGUGAGAUAUGGUCAUUCUUUAGCAUUAUAUAAGGAUAAAAUUUACAUGUAUGGAGGAAAAAUUGAUUCAACAGGGAAUGUGACCAAUGAGUUGAGAGUGCUUCAUAUUCAUAAUGAGUCGUGGGCGUUGUUGACCCCAAAGGCAAAGGAACAGUAUGCAGUGGUUGGGCACUCAGCACACAUCAUUACACUGAAAACUGGCCGAGUGGUCAUGCUGGUCAUUUUUGGUCACUGCCCUCUCUAUGGCUAUAUAAGUAGUGUGCAGGAAUAUGACUUGGAUAAGAACACAUGGAAUAUAUUACAGACCCAGGGUGCUCUUGUACAAGGGGGCUAUGGCCACAGCAGUGUUUAUGAUCAUAAGACCAAGGCCCUGUAUAUUCAUGGUGGCUACAAGGCUUUCAGUGCAAAUAAAUACCGGCUCACUGAUGACCUCUACAGAUACGAAGUGGAUACCCAAAUGUGGACCAUUCUUAAGGAUAGCAGAUUUUUCCGUUACUUGCACACAGCUGUGAUAGUGAGUGGAACCAUGCUGGUGUUUGGAGGAAAUACACACAAUGACACAUCUAUGAGCCAUGGUGCCAAAUGUUUCUCUUCAGAUUUCAUGGCUUAUGACAUUGCUUGUGACCGUUGGUCAGUGCUUCCCAGACCUGAUCUCCACCAUGAUGUCAACAGAUUUGGCCACUCAGCAGUCUUACACAACAGUACCAUGUAUGUGUUUGGUGGUUUCAACAGCCUGCUCCUCAGUGACAUCUUGGUAUUCACCUUGGAACAGUGUGAAACACAUCGGAGUGAAGCUGCUUGCAUAGCAGCAGGACCUGGUGUCCGGUGUGUGUGGGAUGUGGAAACAUCUCAGUGUGUCUCCUGGGAACUGGCAACAGAAGAACAAGCCAAAAAGUUAAAAUCAGAAUGUUUUUCCAAAAGAACUCUUGACCAUGACAAAUGUGACCAGAACACAGAUUGCUACAGCUGCACAGCCAACACCAACGACUGCCACUGGUGCAGUGACCAUUGUGCCCCUAGGAACCACAGCUGCACGGAAGGCCAGAUCUCCAUUUUCAAGUAUGAGAAUUGCCCCAAGGAUAACCCCAUGUACUACUGUAAUAAGAAGACCAGUUGCAGGAGCUGCGCCCUUGAUCAGAACUGCCAGUGGGAGCCCCGGAAUCAGGAGUGCAUUGCCCUGCCUGAAAACAUUUGUGGCACGGGCUGGCAUUUGGUUGGAAACUCAUGUUUGAAAAUUACUACUGCCAAGGAGAAUUAUGACAAUGCUAAAUUGUCCUGUAGAAAUCACAAUGCCUUUUUGGCUUCUCUAACAACCCAGAAGAAGGUGGAAUUUGUCCUUAAGCAGCUGCGAAUGAUGCAGUCAUCACAGACCAUGUCCAAGCUCACCUUAACCCCAUGGGUUGGCCUGAGGAAGAUCAAUGUGUCCUACUGGUGUUGGGAAGAUAUGUCUCCGUUUACAAAUAGCCUACUGCAGUGGAUGCCAUCUGAGCCUAGCGAUGCUGGCUUCUGUGGUAUCUUGUCAGAACCCAGUACUCGAGGAUUGAAGGCUGCAACCUGCAUCAACCCACUGAAUGGCAGCAUCUGUGAAAGGCCUGCAAACCACAGUGCCAAGCAAUGCCGGACACCAUGUGCCUUGCGGACGGCGUGCGGGGAGUGCACCAGCAGUAGCUCUGAGUGUAUGUGGUGCAGCAACAUGAAGCAGUGCGUGGACUCCAAUGCCUAUGUGGCUUCCUUCCCUUUUGGCCAGUGCAUGGAGUGGUAUACAAUGAGCAGCUGUCCCCCUGAAAAUUGUUCAGGCUACUGUACAUGCAGUCAUUGCUUGGAGCAGCCAGGCUGUGGCUGGUGUACUGAUCCCAGCAAUACUGGGAAAGGGAAGUGCAUAGAGGGCUCCUAUAAAGGACCAGUGAAGAUGCCUUCUCAGGCCUCUACAGGAAUCACCUACCCACAGCCCCUUCUGAAUUCCAGCAUGUGUCUAGAGGAUGGCAGAUACAACUGGUCUUUCAUUCACUGUCCAGCUUGCCAGUGCAAUGGCCACAGCAAAUGUAUCAACCAGAGUAUCUGUGAGAAGUGUGAGAACCUGACCACCGGCAAGCACUGCGAGACCUGCAUAUCUGGUUAUUAUGGAGACCCCACCAAUGGAGGCAAAUGCCAACCAUGCAGGUGCAAUGGGCAUGCAUCACUAUGCAAUACCAACACGGGCAAGUGCUUCUGUACCACCAAGGGCGUCAAGGGGGACGAGUGCCAGCUAUGUGAGGUAGAAAAUCGGUACCAAGGAAACCCUCUCAAAGGAACAUGUUAUUAUACUCUUCUUAUUGACUAUCAGUUCACUUUUAGCCUGUCACAGGAAGAUGACCGCUAUUACACAGCCAUCAAUUUUGUGGCUACUCCUGAUGAACAAAACAGGGAUUUGGACAUGUUCAUCAAUGCCUCUAAAAACUUCAACCUCAAUAUCACCUGGGCUGCCAGCUUCUCAGCUGGAACUCAAGCUGGAGAAGAGAUGCCUGUUGUUUCAAAAACCAACAUUAAAGAGUACAAAGAUAGCUUCUCUAAUGAGAAGUUUGAUUUUCGCAACCACCCAAAUAUCACUUUCUUUGUUUAUGUCAGUAAUUUUACCUGGCCUGUCAAAAUUCAGAUCGCCUUCUCCCAGCACAGCAAUUUUAUGGACCUGGUACAGUUCUUCGUGACUUUCUUCAGUUGUUUCCUAUCUUUGCUCCUGGUGGCUGCUGUGGUUUGGAAGAUCAAACAAAGUUGUUGGGCCUCCAGGCGUAGAGAGCAACUUCUUCGAGAGAUGCAGCAAAUGGCCAGUCGACCCUUUGCUUCCGUAAAUGUUGCCUUGGAAACAGAUGAAGAGCCUCCUGACCUUAUUGGGGGAAGUAUAAAGACCGUUCCCAAGCCCAUUGCCCUGGAGCCGUGUUUUGGCAACAAAGCUGCAGUCCUUUCUGUGUUCGUGAGGCUCCCUCGAGGCCUGGGUGGGAUACCUCCUCCUGGGCAGUCAGGUCUUGCUGUGGCCAGCGCCCUGGUGGACAUUUCUCAGCAGAUGCCAAUAGUGUACAAAGAAAAGUCAGGAGCAGUGAGAAACCGGAAGCAGCAGCCCCCUGCACAGCCUGGAACCUGCAUUUGAUGCUGGGGCCAGGGACUCUCCCAUGCACAUGGGGGCAUGUGGCCCACCAGAGCCGUCUGCAGGGGAUGGCACAGGCAGGGGCGCAAUGGUGCCGUGUGGGGCAAAAAACUGGAAACCUUCGAAGCACCCAACUCAUCUGCAUGAUCACAAACUUUCUUUGACAGUUUCUCCCAUCCAUGUCCAGCAUCUAACCUUUUACUUUUGCAUAGGAAAUAAUUUACCUUCAGGUCCAGGGGUGGUCCACUUGUUGGUGGAGGUCAGUGUAGAGCUAGAGAGAGAGUCAGGAGUGAUGCCGGGGUUCGCAUGUGGAAACUGUUCUUGGGACUGUCUCAACUGCAAAAAUGGAAAGACGGGGUCACAAGUAGACCUUCAUAUUCUGUUCUUCAGUGUGGUCUUUUACAAACUACUCAGAUGAAUUAACUUGUUUUCACCUGAAGCCUGCUAUCUUUUUUAAAGAUGUGCCAUAUAUGUUUGCACAGUUUCAGCAGAUUAUCUUUCUUCCAGGAAGUAGCUUUUUUCUAGUUGAGAAUUAAUAAUGGUCUAUCUCUUUUGAAUCGUGUCAGACUAAGAUAGAAGGGGGCUGAAUUAAAUGUCAAAGUCAGCAGUGUUACUUAGAAUGUAAGUGGAUGUAAUAGGUGUUUUCAAUAGCAACUUAAUUUAGUUGUAAUCCAUUUGAAAUUCUGUCCUGCUCUUUCUCUCAUUCAAACACACACGCACAUGCGCACGUGCACACACAUAUACACACACUAAGUGCCUAGACUUUAAAUAGAUCUAGCAAUUGGAAAGUUAGUGAGCCUAAGUUUUUACAUAAUUGCAUUCCUACAUUCUUGUAAAUUUUAAAUAGCUACCAUUGGCAGUCUGCUCUUUUUCUAAAAUCUAAUUUGCAUCCAGGAAAGAAUUUUCUCACCCCAAGGAACAUUUGACCUAGCGGCAGGGACUGAGGAAAGCAGAAAUGAACUGUGAACGUGCCUGUUUUUAUUGUUCUCCAAAAGUACACUGUUGAGAAAUUGUGGUCCCCAUGUGUCACCUGCCCCUACCUGGUGUCAGUCUAGUCCUGAUAUUUGAUUGGCCCUCUGGGCUCCCCCUGGCAGGUAACCACAGAGGAAAGGACUCAUUCAUGUCACAUAUCUCCUUUGAGCAGAAUCAAGCAUUGAGUGUGCUUGGGACAUCUGGGUCAAAGACCGGCUUUGUGUUCUGUAGCCUGCUAUGAACCUGGGUCCCAUCCUCAGCUGGGGGUGGAGUAGACACCAGGAGGGGAACAGCCCCCUGCUGUCGAGCAGCACCUGCCCAGAGCCUGGAGAAGUACUCGGACUUGUCUCCCCCUUUUCCUGGGCAGGGCUUAGACCACCUGUCCUCCUCCCAAACUGCGCUGAUGACUGAGGAGGGCAGAGAACACAGAUAAGGGUGAAAAGCACAUGGGAAAAUCGACAGGAGGGAAUGUGCUGCCAAACAGAAGAUGUCCAAAUUUAAGGGGUAGAUCAAUGCCCUGCUCUCCUCCCACAGGGUACUGCCUGGAUGUUGCAUUUCCCCAUUUAUGGUGCUCUGUCUCUGGCAUUAUGCAGCAGCCUCCCAUGAUCUCUUGUGCUUCAAAACCUGCAAUUCUCUGGCAUUACCUGAUUAGGAUGGACCUUUGGACAGCAGUGCUCAAGUCUGAAUUUGGAGAAAUUAACACUCAAAAGAACAAAACCGUGGCAUUUCACCUUUAAAUGCAGUGCCUAGAGAGGAGGUCUUAUCUCCAACCCAACACCAACCCCACUCCUGUGAAGAAGCUUCUGGAAAGAUGUUUCCAAGGAAGUUGAACCAUAAAACACUGAUGCACAAAACACCUCUACUGUGAGACUUGCCUCUCAAAAGCUUCCUUUUCACAUCACUCUUAAAGAGCAGACGGUUCUAGAAAAGACCCUGUCAGGAGCUCCCCCACCCCUACAGAACACGCCACCCACAGAGCGCCUGCAGCACCUGGCCACUCACCCUGUUAUUGCCAGGAGGCCUCUUGGUAAAGAAGGAGGCCACAAGGCUUGUCCUCCCACAAGGAAGAUCUUCCUUGUUCUAAGGACCAAAUCUCCUUGGCCAAAGAAGUCUCUUCCCCAUAUUUGUUCAUGCCUUGAAAUAACAUACACCAUGACCCCCAGCCAGCUUGUUAUGUCUUUUUCUUUUUUCUAAUAGAUGUUUAUUUUUUAAAAGAAGGGAAAAAGCAAGUAAGGUUUCACUCUCCUCCAACUGUGGAGAAACAGCUGAAUCCACCUGCUUCUCCUUUGCAGCCAAUAGCAAACAGCUUCCUCCAGGCUGUGGGCAGAAGAAGGGUGCAAGGGGAGGAAGAGGAGCACAGCUGGAGCCAGUUACUGAGAGAGAAUGCGUCAUCAUUGUCAUUGGUAACUGUGUGUGUCGCAGGAGAGUCUGUACAUAACAUACUCGUGGAAACAUUGACCUUGCACUUGUACAUAAUGAUACAGUAGUGUGCAGAAUGUUCAGACAUUUGGAGUGUACAUAAAUCAGAAAAAGAGCAUAAUGUAUUUUUAUUAAAUGUAACAUCUGAGUUUGACUAAUAUGUUUGACCUAAUAUGUUUCUGUGUUAUAUACUGGGUAUCCAAGUUCUGGAACAUCCUGUCUCUACUCAUAAUGAAACCAAGAACCAGGCCAGCAUGGCACUGAUGUAGUUGGCUGCACCUGGUACCUGCUAGCUAGCUCCAAACAGGUCUGUCAGGACCUACCAUGACUCGGGCAGUGAGGCUGUAUUCCAGGCAGUGCUCAAGGCAGCUCUGGAAGCAGGAGUUUCUGUCACUGUUGUCGCUCAGCAUGCUCCUUGACAACCUGGUAGCCCUCCAGACUCUAGGGCACAAGGGGUGACCAGUCCCAUCAAUGUGAAAGCUGUUUCUCUAGUCUUUAAAUUCAAAGACUAAUUUGUGAAAGUCAGACUCCCAAAACGGGUUCUCCAGGCUGCCGUUUGUUGUGGCUUUGACUAAAUUUUUAAUGACCAUUUCUGAGCACCAUAGUCUUUUAUAAUGAAAACUAGGGCGGGAAGGUGGAGGCUUGUUCAUAAACAGCUCCAUUUCCCAGGGAGCUUUCACAGCCCAGCCUGCUCUCCACUUCCAGUCCCUCCCUAUGGUCUGGGGAGGUCCAGGGAGAGUCACCUGUAAAGAUGAGAAAGUGGUGCAGAGCAGGCCACCCUUACUUCUCUGAGCUGACCUAGAGGAAGACCAUCAGCAACAGGAAAAUGCUGGAAUAUCUGUAAGAUUCACUAGGAAGCAGAGGAGACGAGCACUCUGGAUAGGAAAAGUCGUUUUCCCUUGCAGGGCCCAUCUGGCUCCUUCAGAAAGUAGCAGAUUGGGGGUGGGGAGGUGAUUCACUUCCUCAGGAGGAUGGUGUUGCUUUCAUGACUAUCCUUCAUCCAUUCCCUGAACUCAACUAUUCGUUCAACAAAUAUUUACUGAACACUUACUAACCUAGGCUAAUGCUAGGGCAAUGACAGAGAUGAAAAAGUAGCUCUUUAGAAUUACAGAAAAUUCUAAAUGCCUCACACCCGUUACCCCAGGAGAGCUUUCCUUGGGUUGGUUUCUGAGACCGGGCCAUCCUGAGGACAGAACCAGGAAAGCCUCCUGUCAACGGAGUGUGCUCUGGCUGCCCUCCCGCUCAGACACCCGCAAUGUUUACCCUGUUGACCAAGCUCCUACCAUGCAGCUCCUCCCAUGGAGACUGAGCCCAGCCGCGUGAGCUCACCGACUGCCUGCAGGGGGCGCUCUGGAGAGCAGAGGGAAGAUGGCACCUACCCUUCCAAAGGCAAUAAUGGAACCGACUCAGUAAAUGAAUCUGUGCACAAAACAUUCUGAACACUAGUGAAGCCUGUUUCGUUGAACUAAUUCUGGCUCUAGAAAUGUUUUUGUUUUAUAGUUAUUUACGUUUUCGUUUUGUUUGGAUUCAAGCUUAGUUUGUUAAUAUGUAUAAUUUAGCAUCUAUUGUACUCAUGUAAAUAUGGAGUAAGUAUUGUAAACUAUUUCAUUGCUGGGAUUGUGGGUGUUAUACAUACAUUUAGGACUGCAAUUUUUUGGUAUUUUUUGUAUUGUAAAAUAACAGCUAAUUUAAGCAGGAACAUGAGAAUUAAGGGAGGUCUGUGCAUUUUAAACACAAAUGUGAAGCACCUGUAUAUAAACAAAAGUAAAUACUAUAAUACAAACUUCCUUCUGAAAUAAAAGUAGAUCUGGUAAAAAUG